AUGCAUUGGACUCCGGGUGAAACAAAUGAUUUGGAGAGCGCGGUGAUAUUACUACGUCAAGAUAGAGUUGAUCAUAUGGACUGGGAUUUAAUACACAGUCACUUAGUCCAAAAACAUAACUCACGUCGUUCAAAAAAACAGCUACAGGAAAAACUUCCUAACGGUCAAAGAUUCAAAUUUAGCCUUGAGCAAAUUGAUUACAUUAGAGAACAAAGAGAUACUCAUAAUAAAAGUUGGGCAGAAAUUCGAGAUGCUUUAAAUAAAGAUCCAUGUAUGGAAGUAAAAACAACUCCAAAUCGUGUAAAGAAUGCUUAUCAUAAUGCGACUAAAAAACGACUCAGAAAUCAAAGACAAAAUAUACAAGACGCAGCUGUAGCGAAAUCAACGGAGGCAGUUCCUCUUGUAUAUAAAAAAGUUUUUGAGGAAGGUCAUAAUGCAUAUUACAAAAAUCCUAAUAUAUAUAACGAAGCUGAUCCUCAUAUAGAUAAUGAAUCGAUUAAAACAGAUUCAACAAAUUCAACAAACUAUAUAGUUAACCGUGAAGUGAAUAAGACAUAUUUGAUAAAUUCUAUGGUUAACCAUGAAAUAGUUAAGACAGAUUCAGCAAAUUCUAUUAUUAACAAAGCAUCAUUAGAUUUCAUUUUAAACGAGAAAGAUCGGGAAAAAAAAGAAUAG